AUGACGGUCCCAAAUAUAAAGCUGAACAACGGCCACUCCAUGCCACAGGUUGGCUUUGGUCUGUGGAAGGUUGCCAACGAGACUUGCGCCGACACCGUCUACAACGCCAUCAAAGUCGGCUACAGACUGUUAGAUGGAGCUUGUGAUUAUGGGAAUGAGAAGGAGGCAGGCGAAGGCGUUGCCCGAGCAAUUAAGGACGGUUUGGUCAAGCGUGAAGAGCUCUUCAUAGUCAGCAAGCUGUGGAACUCCUUCCAUGACGCCGACCAAGUAGAGCCAAUCUGCAGAAAGCAGUUGGCAGACUGGGGCGUCGACUACUUUGAUCUCUACGUCAUUCACUUCCCCAUCGCCCUCAAAUAUGUCGAUCCUGCGGUCAGAUAUCCUCCCGGAUGGAACUACUCAGAGGAAGAGGGUGUUCAACUCAGUAAUGCCUCUAUCGAGUCAACUUGGCAUGCAAUGGAGGAUUUGGUCGGGAAAGGAUUGACCAAGACGAUUGGUAUCUCCAACAUGCAAGGGUCCCUAAUUUUGGAUAUGCUCCGAUAUGCCAAGAUCAGACCUGCCACCCUUCAGAUUGAGCACCACCCUUACCUCGUCCAACCAACACUUCUGCAGCUCGCAAAGAGUGAAGGCAUUGCAGUCACCGCUUAUUCAUCUUUUGGCCCACAAUCAUUCAUUGAGCUUGAGUGGCAGAAGGCGAAGGACACACCGGUCCUCUUUGAGCACCCUGUUGUUACGAAGAUCGCAGAGAAGCACAACAGAACCCCUGCGCAAACUCUGUUGAGAUGGUCAACCCAGCGUGGCUUGGGUGUUAUCCCUAAGAGCAACAACCCUGACCGCCUGAAGCAGAAUUUGGAGGUCACAGAUUUCGAUUUAGAGCAAUCCGAGAUAGAUGCUAUCACUGGUCUAGACCGCGGUCUUAGAUUCAACAACCCUACCGAUUACCUCGGAACAUUGCACAUAUUUGCGUAA